AUGGGAAAGAUCACCUUCUACGAGGACCGGGGCUUCCAGGGCCGCUGCUACGAGUGCAGCAGCGACUGCCCCAACCUGCAGCCCUACUUCAGCCGCUGCAACUCCAUCCGCGUAGACAGCGGCUGCUGGAUGCUCUACGAGCGCCUCAACUUCCAGGGGUACCAGUACUUCCUGCGCCGCGGCGAGUACCCCGACUACAAGCAGUGGUUAGGCUUCAGCGACUCCAUCCGCUCCUGCUGUCUCAUCCCCCAAACAGCCUCCCACAGGAUGCGGCUGUACGAGAGAGACGACCACAAAGGCCUCAUGAUGGAGCUGAGUGAGGACUGCUCCUGCAUCCAGGACCGCUUCCACCUCAGUGAGAUCCACUCGGUCCACGUGCUGGCAGGCUGCUGGGUGCUCUACGAGAUGCCCAGCUACCGGGGGCGCCAGUACCUGCUGAGGCCCCGAGAAUACCGGCGGUACCACGACUGGGGGGCCGUGGAUGCCAAGGCAGGCUCUUUGCGAAGGGCAGUGGAUUUAUCCUAA